CCUUAAGCGGCUGCGAUCACCGGGUGCAGAACUCCCGUCUUCUUUCCGCGAAACACUGGAUAGCCUCACCAUCCUCCUCUUGUUCACUUCCCUGCUGGAUACCGGAGAUUCCCGACGACUCCGCGACCGAAGCGCUAAUCAGCUGACUUCUCAAACUCUCUCCAGCUUCCCGCCUCUCGCCGCCGCGUCGGACAGAGAGCGCGCUUCUGCGUCGUUCUGAUUGGCAUCUGGUUCUGCGGUUUCUUCGUUUUGCCUUUUGGCGGGAAAUUGGCCGAGUUUCUUCUUUCUGAUUUUUCUUCGAUCUCCGCGGCGGCUGGAAUCCGUCAAAAUUCCUGCGAUCGAAUUGAAUUCUAGGGCUAGAUUAGUCCGCAGACGCCGCCAACUCUCCGCUUGCCUGUUGCGGUUGCUGUGUGUGUUUAUGUAAGAGGAGAGGAGGAAGGAAGAUCAAAGAUGGGAGUCUCGGAGAACACGACCGGGCUGAUAUUGGCAGUGGCGUCCAGCGCGUUUAUUGGUUCGAGCUUCAUCCUGAAAAAGAAAGGACUCAAGCGAGCUGGUGCUUCCGGCACUCGUGCAGGAGUUGGAGGUUAUACUUAUUUACUAGAGCCACUAUGGUGGGUUGGCAUGGUUACCAUGAUUCUUGGCGAGGUUGCAAAUUUUGUGGCUUAUGUUUAUGCUCCUGCCGUUCUAGUGACUCCCCUUGGGGCACUAAGUAUAAUUAUCAGUGCAAUUUUAGCACAUUUUAUGCUGAAUGAAAGACUGCCAAGAAUGGGUGUUCUUGGCUGCGUUUCAUGCAUUGUUGGAUCAGUAAUUAUUGUUCUCCACGCACCUCAAGAGCAACCUCUAAACUCUGUAGAAGAAGUAUGGAAUUUGGCAACUCAGCCAGGUGGGCAUUCAAUCACUUCUCACUCUCUUAUUUUGCUUUCCACGAUUAUUCAUUACUUGAAGCUUUUGACUUCUUUUUGCAGCUUUUCUGAUAUAUAUAGUCGCGACGGUCUCAACAGUGUUAGCUUUGGUUAUACACUUCGAACCACGAUUUGGUCAAACAAACAUGUUGGUCUACUUAGGAAUAUGCUCCUUGAUGGGUUCAAUCACGGUUGUGAGCAUCAAGGCUAUUGGAAUAGCUAUAAAGCUUACACUAGAUGGGAUAAAUCAGAUUACUUGUCCUCAGACUUGGUUGUUCAUCACAGUAGCAGCAAUAUGUGUCAUUACACAGUUAAAUUAUUUGAACAAGGGCAGUUUAGGGCAUUAGAUACGUAUAAUGCAGCAGUUGUUUCGCCAGUAUACUAUGUCAUGUUCACAACUCUGACAAUUGUUGCUAGCGCUAUAAUGUUCAAGGAUUGGGAAGGUCAAGAUGCCAGCAGCAUAGCAUCUGAGAUAUGUGGGUUUAUCACUGUGCUUACCGGUACUAUUAUACUUCACUCGACAAGAGAUCAAGAACCUCCUCCUUCCAGUGGUAGAUGUCUUCUUCAGUUACUGAUUCGGUAAUUUUUAAUCGUCUUUCAGGCUAUCUUUUACCUAAUCUGGCAAUUACACCUUGUCAUUGCAGGGACUGUAACAUGGUAUGUUAGAGGGGAUUCUUUCAAGAACCUUAAUGGGGAACAUUUACUCCACAUUCACGAAUCUGAAGAACGAUAAUAGUACUUCUAACCUCCAAACCCCGAUGCAAGCACGAUCAACAUCCAAACCAUAAUUUAAUGCCAGAUGAAAUCUUCAUUCUUCUGUCACAAGAUUCUUCUCAUGUGAAUACCAUAGAUUUGCAAAGCUGUGGAUAAUGCUUCAUCCCCUUUUGAUGAGGAGCUGGCUUGGAUCUACGAGAAAUGAACAGCCUGGCUCGCGCAAUUGGGCAUGUUGGUUUCCAGGAAACAAAAGGUCGACGUGCAGCACUUCUCUUCUCAGACCAUAUCGUAGGUACAGUCAUCCUGCUUGUGCAGUAGUUCUCAGUUGGCAGGCUUCUAUUUCCCAUUGAGAGAUACUUCGAUUCGUUUUUUUAUUCGUAGUCUAGUUUGUUGUGGGUGUGUGUGUGUGUAU